AUUUAAUCACUUCUCCAGAUUACAUUAAUCAUACAAUUGACUCCCUUCGACAUCACCUUAUUGGAAACUGGUAUUGGGCUAGUAUUUGCGUCACCUGAAGUACCCUUGAGCCACGUGUCGACCUCAAUCGAAUCACAAUGCCCGUUCCUGAGUCUGAGUAUCUCAGCCCCGUCUGGCGAGAUGGGAUUUUCAAUGGUCGCGUUGUCUUCGUGACUGGCGGUGCAGGAAGCAUCUGCAGCAUGCAGACGCGAGCAUUAGUUCGUCUGGGGGCAAAUGCAUGCAUCAUUGGCCGAAGUGUCGAGAAGACAGAGCUUGCGGCUAAAGACAUCGCGGGUGUAAGAGAGGGAGCCAAAGUGAUAGGAAUCGGAGGAUGUGAUGUUCGAAAGAUCGACAGUCUUCAGGCUGCUGCUGAGCGAUGCGUGAAAGAGCUUGGAGGGAUCGACUUUGUCAUCGCUGGUGCAGCUGGCAACUUUGUCGCUCCGAUUGAAGGCCUCAGCUCCAAUGCGUUCAAGUCAGUAAUGGACAUCGAUGUCUUGGGAACAUUCAACACAAUUAAGGCGACAAUGCCCUAUCUCCUGAAGAGCUCAACCCCUCGUAUCAUCUACGUCUCUGCCACUUUCCAUUACACCGGCAUGCCUCUCCAGGCACACGUCUCUGCAGCUAAGGCAUCUAUCGACUCACUCAUGGCGUCCGUUGCCCUGGAGUAUGGACCAAGAGGGGUGACAAGCAAUGUAAUUGCCCCAGGAGGUAUCGAUGGCACUGAGGGUCUGGCCAGAUUGGGGAGCGAUGCAGAAAGUGAGAAGAAGAGAUACGCCAAGGGAAUCCCGCUGGGCCGCGCUGGAACUGUACGAGAUAUCGCAGAUGCGACAGUCUUUUUGUUCGGCGAAGCCGGAAGCUAUGUCAGUGGACAAGUCCUGGCUGUUGAUGGCGCUGCAUGGAGACGCCAGGGAGCCAUCAGCGUGGGAACUGAGGCUGGCAUGGAGUAUCCGGAUUAUAUUCUCAACGGAGAGUUCUCAAAGAACCUGCGAGAUCCAAGAAAGAACGGAAAGGCCAAGUUGUAAGGAUACUGGUUGCUGUACGAUAUAGAUCAAGCUCCAAGAUUACCAUUUGACGAGGCAGGUAUGGAGGACCAUGAGGCGAUAUUAUAUAAGCUAAGCCACAAUGUUUCAAUAUCAGAUCAAGUGUUAGCUAGAAUCAGGUUAUCUUAUCAGCUGGACCAGAGCCCCAGGGAUCGGAGGAUCGGAAGUGACGGA